UUGCUCACUGAAAUCUUACUAUUAGCAAUUUUCACUAUUCAGAACGAACCGCAGCAGUUCGUACUAUUAAACGCUUGGAUCAUUGAGAGGUGGUAUGAUGAAUUCUUGUACUGGUCCCCUAUGGAGUACCAAAAUAUCACUGAAUUACGGCUACCGUAUGAUUCAAUUUGGUUACCGGAUACUACGCUUUACAAUUCGUUGGUAAUGAAGGACGAUGAUACUCGACGCCUUCUGAAUGCAAAGCUAACGACGGAUCGUGAACGGCGAGCAUCACUCAUUGAACUUCUUUAUCCUACAAUCUAUAAAUUCUCUUGUUUACUUGAUCUGCGAUUUUUCCCAUUUGAUGUACAGAAUUGUACAAUGAUCUUCUCGUCAUGGACCUAUGAUCAGACGGGGAUCGAUUACUUUCCAGCUUCGGAUGAGAUAUCGAUUGCUAAUUAUUUGGAAAAUGAAGGAUGGGAACUUUUGAAAACUGAAGUUAGUCGUCAUGAGGUGAAAUACAGUUGCUGUCCAAAUGCUUAUACUCUUCUACAUUUAACGCUUUACUUGAGAAGAAAACCGUUAUUCUAUUUGGUGAACCUGAUCAUUCCUACCUCGAUCAUCACACUUAUUGCUAUUGUGGGAUUCUUCACGACAUCUUCUGCCAGCGGAAUGCGUGAAGAGAAAGUAUCAUUAGGUAUUACAACGUUGUUAUCAAUGUCAAUCUUAAUGUUAAUGGUAUCUGAUCAAAUGCCUACUACGUCAACGUUCAUCCCUUUGAUUGGAUGGUUCAUACUUGCAAUGAUCAUGGUUAUCUCUCUCGGGACAGUAGUUUCGUCCAUCAUUAUUGCAGUUCAAAAACGAGGCAGUCUUGGAGAGAGACUUUCAAAACGGACGUUAAAGAUCGCCAAAAUGAUUGCGUAUUUCACUUGUACGGCUUUGCCAUCUCAUAUUGAAAAGGAGCAAAUGAUGGAAGCAUUCGAUGCUGUGACACCCACAGGGGAAUCAGUGAGGACGUUGAAGUCAGCUAUGGAUGCGUCGAAAAAGUGGAUGAGCCUUCGACGGCCCAAAAACGGUGUCGCCGUCGUAUCCGACAAAAGCACCGAUGCCCUGAUUCAGAUGGCGAACUCUGGUGCAGAAGAUGGACAAAUGACGGGUAUGACACCGGUGGCACCUCUGGUACCACCUGCAGCUAUCAUCGACGAUGAUCUUUCGUUACGAAGUGAUUUCUCAGCUGUACCACCAUCAGCACGGUUGCUUAAAACGAAAUCCAGUACCAGAUGUAAUGUAUUCAAGGAUUUAACCACGUCCAUUCGGCAUAAUCGGCAGUUGGCUGUGGCCGAAUUCGAAUGGCUGGCUACCGUCACGGAACGAACUUGCUUUGUAAUUUUUGUUCUAUGCUUCCUAAUUAUCACCAUAGGAAUCAAUAUGAUUGGCUACGUUCAUUGGAGCAAAGCAGAUCAACGAUGGAAAAAUCCGCUGCAGGGUUACAUGCUUCGGCGAGUCAUGAAGGGAUGGUGCACCACAGGAGGUUUACCUGGGUUCAUAGCUUAUCGCUUGGGCCAGGCAACGGAGCUUUUGGUUUCCGAAGGCAAUUUAACCAUUUUUGGACAUGUGUCUCUGUCUGAAGUGAUAUUCGGGACAUACCAAGGAUACUACAGGGUCUCCAAAGCAGACCUCGUUAGUUCGUUGCUGAUUAAUGACUCUGCUGCAAGUCCUACUCGAGCGACAAUCAUGCAAGAAGUUCCUCUCAUACGGCUCACUCGAGACCUUCUCAUGAAGGAUAGGUAUGAUGUUCGUGUUCGACCAAUUCACGACCACACGAAGCCACUGAAGGUUCACAUCAGUAUUUCGCUCUACCAGAUCAUCGAAGUGGAUGAACCGGCACAGAAUAUCAAGUUGAACGUGUGGAUGAUUCAAAAAUGGAAAGAUGAGUAUCUCUCAUGGGAUCCACGGGAAUACGGCAUGAUAAACUCGACGAUCAUUCCAUUCAGACAUCUAUGGAUUCCCGACACAUACCUUUAUAACAGUGUGAAGAUGAGUCGUGAUGAGACUGAGCGGUAUAUGAACAUCCAAGUCGAAUCGUUGCAUUGGAAAGGAGAAAACGGUUCACAAAUGUCAUUUCUCUAUCCGGCUAUAUACACGAUCACUUGCCGGCUCAACAUCAGGUUCUUCCCGUACGAUCGUCAGAAUUGUACGUUGACAAUAUCCAGUUGGACGAAUUCGAUGUCGGCAUUGGACUAUUAUGCAGAUCCUGAAUACAAGUACGCUUGCUGUGCGGAACCAUGGGCCAUUUUACAAGCAUCACUGGUGAUUCAACGAAAGCCGCUCUAUUAUAUAGUCAAUUUGAUAAUUCCAACAUCGAUUAUCACUAUCGUCUCCAUCACCGGAUUCUUUACACCGGCAUCGACAGACGACGACCGUACCGAAAAAAUUAAUUUGGGUAUUACGACGCUGCUGGCGAUGUCCAUUCUUAUGCUUAUGGUUUCCGACCAAAUGCCGACAACCAGUGAAUUCGUCCCUCUGAUAGCAUGGUUCUACCUAUCCAUCAUAAUUAUCGUCAGUAUUGGAACAUUCCUCACCAGCGUCGUGCUCUCUGUUCAAAGUCGAAGGCAGUACGGGCGGAAUCCACCACUAUACAUUCGAUAUUAUUUCUUUGUUGUCAUUCCAUCGUUCAUAUACGUCAGUGUACCACCAGCGUUGGAGAAUUUGUGGUCCGAACUUGACGAUGAUCCACUGAAUGCAUGGCGACGACGACGGCGAUCACCUUCUCCUGGUAUUCACAAAACUGAAUCUCUAUACAAAGAGCAAACACCGAUAUCUCCUCCUCCACUGGAGCGGAAUUCAACGCUGCGGAUCCCUCGGCAAGGGCUGGAUCGAUUCAGUUCGAUUCAAAUGAUCGAUGUCUCCGUGCCACCAUCGCCGGCGAUUUCACGGAUCUCACGAACACCGUCAACGGCACAAUCACAAAAACUCACAUUAUGGGAGGGUACGAUGAGUGCGUUAGCAGGAAACAACGUGCAGUUACGUCGUACAUCAGCCGCAUACUCUAAAGAAGUGGAUGCAAUGCGAAGGAAACGGCAAUGCUCAUUGGAGUGGGAGUUCCUUGCCACAGUACUCGAUAGGUCUGGUGUUUAUUUAAUAUCUCAUUAUUAUCAAAAGCCAGUCAUCCUACUUACUAUAAAGCGCUUAGUCUGUCUGUCUGUCUGUCGUCUGUCUGUAUGUCUGUCACGAAAUUCCUUAGCUCCUUUAGAUCUGCCUGAAGAGACCGGGUCAAGCGUGGGAUGGGUGGGCCAUAUCCCGAGAAGUAUAAACACACAUCAGCUUGGCGGAGCCCCGCCCCGUGCAUCGAAAUGA